CGUCCAGGCGGCGGCGGCGGCGGCGGCGGCGGCGGCGGCGGCGGCGGCUCCGGCUCCUCAGUGUCCGGCUCAGGCUCCGGCUGCGGCUCCCGCCCGCGAUGCCCCAUUCCGUGACCCUGCGCGGCCCUUCGCCCUGGGGCUUCCGCCUAGUGGGCGGCCGGGACUUCAGCGCACCCCUCACCAUCUCGCGGGUUCAUGCCGGCAGCAAGGCUGCACUGGCCGCCCUGUGUCCCGGAGACCUGAUCCAGGCCAUCAAUGGGGAAAGCACAGAGCUCAUGACGCACCUGGAGGCGCAGAACCGCAUCAAGGGCUGCCAUGACCACCUCACACUCUCUGUGAGCAGACCUGAAGGCAGGAGCUGGCCCGGUGCCCCAGAAGACAGCAAGGCUCAGGCACAAAGGAUCCACACUGACCCUGAGGCCCAGGAUGGCAGUCCAGCGACCAGCAGGAGGCCCUCAGCCACCGGGAUUGGGCUAGAAGAUGGCAGGCCAGGCCUGGGACCUCCUUAUGGGCAGCCAUCUCACCUCCCAUUCCAUCACAAUGGCAGCAGCAGUGAGGCUACCUUACUGACCCAAAUGAACACCCUGCAUGUGUCUCCACUUCACAGCGCGGACACAGCCAGAGGCCUCCCACGGAGCCGUGACUGCGGCGUGGACCUGGGCUCAGAGGUGUACAGGAUGCUGCGGGACCCGGCCGAGCCCUCGGCUUCGGAGCCCAAGCAGUCAGGCUCCUUCCGCUACUUGCAGGGCAUGCUAGAGGCUGGGGAGGGCGGGGAGCGGCCUGGCUCCAGCGGCCCUCGCAACCUCAAGCCCACGGCCAGCAAGCUGAGCGCUCCGCUGAGUGGCCUUCAAGGACUGCCCGAGUGCACGCGCUGCGGCCACGGCAUAGUGGGCACCAUCGUCAAGGCGCGGGACAAGCUCUACCACCCUGAAUGCUUCAUGUGCAGCGACUGCGGCUUGAACCUUAAGCAGCGCGGUUACUUCUUUCUGGACGAGCGGCUCUACUGCGAGAGCCACGCCAAGGCGCGCGUCAAGCCACCUGAGGGCUACGACGUGGUGGCGGUGUACCCCAAUGCCAAGGUGGAACUCGUCUGAGCUGCUUCCGGAACCUCCCGUCCCCGCUUCUGCUUUUAAUGCCCCGGCGCGGCCCGUGUAAAUAUGUGUUUGCCCCCUGCCUCUCUAAUAAAUUCCCUCUGCUCGGCCUUGAACAUGUCA